CAUGGCCAUGCGUCAGGCUUGGUUUUUCACAACAACGAAGAAAACAGUUUCCGCUUCAAGCAAAGACGUUAAUUGGCCUCUCCUCGUUUCGACAAUCUGAAACUAUCGCUGUUUUUGACACAAAAGAAAAAGAUUGAAUAACAUAAAAGUCAUAGGGGUCUGUGUCCUGAGGAAGCUACAAGCCAUGAGUGACAAGGAACAGGGUUGGAUGCCACUGGUUUCAGAACAGACUGCCGUUCUGGCAAGGUGUGGUGAAGCCUUUUGUCAUGCUGUUAAUGUCAAAUUUAAUUGCACGGCUAUUCUCCGCAAUGUGGAAGAGGUUGGGUCCAUUGGUAGUAGCACAAGUGGUGUCUGGCGCGCUGAGAAGAGGUACUCCACAAAGCUGUCCAGCGGAGUCGAAGUAUCAGUCUGGAAAGAUGAUCUUACACGUCACAAAGUGGAGGCUGUGGUCAAUGCAGCCAAUGAGAAACUAAAUCAUGGAGGUGGUCUUGCACAAGCACUGUGUGCGGCUGGAGGACCAAUGAUCCAGAAAUGGAGUGAUGUCAUUAUACAAAAAUAUGGACGAGUGAAAGUUGGUGAGGCUGUGCACACUUCUGCUGGAGAUCUACCGUGUAAAUAUAUCAUACAUGCUGUUGGUCCCUGCUUGUCUCCAAACCCAUCCAAGUGGGAGACUGAUCAAGCUGCACCACACUUAUAUAAUGCAAUCAACAGUAUCCUAUGUAUUGUCUUAAAGGAAAACAUUUCCUCUGUUGCAAUUCCUGCCUUAAGUUCUGGCCUUUUCCAUUUUCCAAGAGAUCGCUGUGCAGACAUUAUUGUAAAGGCUAUAAAACAGUUUGAUGAAUUCACAAAGUUUCAAAGCAACUUAGAAAUCCAUCUAGUCAAUAAUGAUGAACCCUCAGUCCAAGAAAUGGAGAGAGCAGUUAAGGCGAUUUUGGUGCAGUCCAGCAUCUCUGGCACAUACAGUGGAGCUGUUCAGAGCAGCAUGGCUUUGUCUUCAAACAGCAAGUUCAAAUUUUGGAAUGUAACACUGCAACUUAAAACAGGGGCUAUUGAAGAAGAAAAGGUUCAUGUAAUUGUGAAUACAAUUUCAGAAGAUUGUAAUUUGUCAUUGGGGCUGAUUUCAAAAGCAAUUUUGAACAAAGCUGGCAGAAAGAUUCAAGAAGAGAUUUCCAGAGGAAAACACCGUAAAUCCACAAAUGUCCAUGUGACAAAAGGAUAUAAUCUGUAUUGUGAUGCAGUUUAUCAUACUGUUUGCGUAGUUAGAUCUGACCCUCUGGCCACACAGAUUCUUCAUAAUGUGGUCUCAGAAUGUCUGAGGAAAGCUUCAAUGGGAUACAAAUCCAUCUCCUUCCCAGCUAUUGGUACUGGUAAUCUGGGCUUUAAGAAAUUUGAGGUUGCCAGAAUCAUGACAGAUGCUGUGGCAAAUUUUGCCAAAAGUAACAUGAAAGAACUGGAUGUAAACUUUGUUGUGUAUCCAAAGGACAAGGAGAUGAUGGAGGCUUUUGAAAACGAGAUGAAAAUGAGGACAAGAGCAGCAGAGUCCCCAGUAGUGUACAAUGACAUAAAAACAAACUUUGCAUUUGCAGCCAGUGAAACCACUGCACAUAAAAUGCCAUCUGUUGAGUUCGACAGUGUUUCCAGGGAAGCUCUGAGAGAAGCAAAAGAGUGGACAACCAAUAUGCUAAAGCCAUCAGAUAUCAUGACAAUAAAGAAUAAUCAUGUCAUAUAUCUUGGACAAGAUGACCAUGCAAGUCUUCUCUCUCUCCAAACAAUGUUGAAUGUUCGCAUUGAGGAGUUCUUCAGGAAUGGUAAAGGUGGCAUAACCAUCACUGGAAACCCUUCAAAUGUCAGUUGUGCAGCAAUUGAGGUGGAGUCCAUGCUUUGCAAGGCUCAGGAGGAGUUCGCACAAGCUGAGGAACGUGACAUGCUGUAUUCUGUUGUUCGCUGGAGCUGUAAAGAUGUACCUUGGAUACAAACACCUGAAAUCAGUGCAGAUUUGGAGAAAGCUUAUUUGGCAGGGAAUGUAAACCAUGAGAUUAAUACCCACAAAGUCAACUUGAUGAACAAGACUUUGGUUGAUGACUAUGGGAGAAGCAGCAAUGUGGAAAGGACAUGUCUGCUGGAUCGUUUUGAGUCUCUCAAAAAUUCAUUUUAUUCAAGAACACCUGAGACCAGGAAUGAUUAUGUUGGAAAAGAACCAUGGAAAGCCCUUAAUGUUGUAAAGAAGGAGAAGCUAGAGAACAUUGCGCUGAAGCAGCUGUUCAAAAUGAAUAUGCAGAGAUUGAAUGACAAACCGAAGUGCCUCUACCAGCGUGUGUCCGCUCAGUUCUGUGAUCUCAUCUGCAGAGUAGGCUUUCAGAAAGAGUUCGCACCUCCUGCAGAGCAAAGGUAUGGCAGUGGAAUAUACUUCAGCAGUACAGUCGAUGGAGCAAUGAAGCUGUGGAAAGACCAGGAACAUGAGCAGUACAUCUACAUCAUUCAAGCCCAGGUCCUCACUGGGAAGUCCACUAUUGGUUCCCCACAUCAUAUUUUGCCCCCUCCCUUACAUGGAGACCCUUUAGAUCGUUAUGAUAGCUUGUCUGACAUGUUGCAGACAUAUGUCAUCUUCAAUGGCCAGCAAGCUCUUCCUGAAUACCUGAUCAUAUAUACCAGAUAAAGCCAUGUGUAAAGAUGCACAGAGCAAAAUGCAAACACAGAUAACAUAAUUUUUUUUAGGGCAAAUUUAUGGUUGGAUAUGUAGAUUUUCAAAACACUAAUUUUUUUAAAUAUAAAAAAAAAGGCACAGACAGUGUUAUGUCCAAUGACAGAUUCUCUUUUAUGUUAUCUACACUCUCUAUUGAUUUCUUUUUGUGGUUGUUUCUGUCUCCUCCUCCUCUGGUUCCUCCCACUCUUUCCAGUAGGCAGUAAUUGAUUGCCUUUUUCAGCUGCACCUGCUCACCAGCUGAGAAGCUGAGAAGCAGUAUAAAAGCUGAGCAUAACUCUCAGAAGAUGAGACCUUCUCUCUAGAGCAUGUCCUGUGUCCAGUCCAGCUCAGCUCAGCGUAGUUUGUAGAAGCCAUUUGUGAUUCUGUAUGGUUGUUUAUCUUCGUUAAUGCAAAGAAUGGUUGACUAACUUUCUGUUGCUGUUAGAAGCUCUUGCUAAACUUUGUGCUCUGUGAUGAGCAAGAUAUUUCAAGUUACUCAGCCUAGAGGUUUGCUGUUUUAAUUAGUCUCUUCCUGCAUUACCAACUGCUUAAACAGAUACUCUCUUGAUUGAUUCUUUGUUUCCCUAUUGGAAGCUGUAGGGAGGUGGUUGCCUUUUUUUCUUUUUGUACUUUUUGAAAGUUUUGUCCUGGUUUGAGGAUUAGAUCGGGGAGAGAGUAUAUAAUUUUUAUUUUUAUAUAUUUUUUAAACGGUUUAGAAUGUCUAAAAGAAAAGAGAUGCAUAAUUUUUUUUUUUUUUGCCAUUGUUCCCCCUCAAGUUUUUUUUUUUUUUUUUUUUGCUUUUCUCUUAAUCAUGUGCACUCCAAGCUGUUAAUAAAGCCUGUUAAAGGGAUCUUGUUGUAAUGGUGGUUGUUGUUGUGCUGUGGCAGAUGCUCCUCUUAAACCUUCACCUUUAAAUCUUCCUUUAAAUCUUCAAAACCCCUCUUGUAAGAUGUAAUAGACCGUAAAUAAUGUGCAAAAAUAAGGAAUUAAGGUCUUCGUAAUCAUUAGUCUAAAUUAGACAUCACUGGAUGAGUGAUAGAUUUAAUCUUUCAGAUUUUUCCUCACAGGUCUUGGAUUAACUACUGUGCUGUUAAAAUUAUUUUUCAGUGUUUUAAAAUUUAUUUUAAUGAGUUUUAUAAACCCUUGUAUUGAAAAUAUAUAUAUCUUUGGAAUGAAAUGCUCACAACAGAAUGCAAAUCAGAGCAAAUAUGUUUUUACUAUAUGUUUAAAGGUGUCAAAUGAUGCAAUUUCAAGUUAAUUUCUCUUUGGAGUUUUACAAGCUGUUCAUGAAUGGAUAAGGAGCCUAAAGUUGCAAAGACUUAAAGUCUCAAACCAAAAGAGAUAAUCUAUUGGAUAUAUGGACACUCGUCUGUGCCCUCCUAAAAUGCCUUGUUUAAAUGCCCCCACAUGUCUACGUCACUGUGUGGGAAGAUUUCCAUAAUACCACCCAAAUGUUUAUUCAAAUAAAGAAGGUGUAACUUUGAUUCAUGCUGUUGCCGCCAGCGAUAUGUUGUGGAGAUGCUGCGUUUCACUGUGACAGCGAAACUAGUUUGUUUGGUCUUCCAAAAGAGGACACAGAACAGUUCAACCCAAAUAUUUGUGUGUGUACAAUGCAUUUUAUGUAGGACUGUUUCCUGAACCUGGGAGAGUAGCCUAGAAUGCUGGAUGUUCCAACUCACUCGUGACUUAUACUGUCUUUUUAUGUUGUGUUGCAUAACGCGCCGCAUAAACAUAAAACCAUUUUAGAAAGCCUGGGCUUGGAGGAGCAUUAGUAAUGUACAGUAUGUGGAAAAUGAUGUUUUUUGAACUUUAAACCACAUAAACAUAUUUCAUUUCACCAAUUAAAUUCAUUUAUUCAUAAAUGCAAUACAAAUGACCAUUUCGAUUACAAAUGAUUACUGAUGUUUAUUUAUCAGUAAUCUAAGACUUUCUAUUCAUGUUAUGUGAUCUGUACAACUGAAUUAUACUGAAUGCUUUGACUCAAAUAAAAGCCAACAUUUAACUAAA